UCUGGUUUUAUGUACAUUAACUGAUGGACUAUUUUGAUUGGUUAAUUAAAUUCAAUUAUUAUUUAACUACUACUCAUAGGGAAUGAAGCUAGACAUACAAAAUACACACCUGUCUUAAAUUAAUAUCACCCUUAUGCAAAAAAAAAAAACAAGGCGUUGCACCAAUAAUACAAAAAGUUGAAAUUUGUACUCUAUGACCAUUUAAGAACUAUGCAUAAGUGUCUAUGGUUAUUACAAUUACAAAGUAGCCCAGUGGGCGUUUACUUUCCACAUUUUUAUUAAAACUUUUAUUAAUUGAAUAUUUUCAUUUUCCUAAACAUCCAAGUUGAAUAGUGUUUUGGAUUUUAAUAUUGGAAUGGAUUUUUGUCAUGUAUUUGGAUGAAUCAAAUCAAAUCAUGACAAAUACAACUACUAUGCUUCCUCCUAAAACUCCACAAUGCCCUGUUCCACCUAAUUCACAUCAUUCUAAUUCAUAUCAUUCGGAAAAUUCCCUUCCAGAUGAUGAUCCUUCUGUUAUUUUGGAUAAUACUUGUUUAAAUGCUAAUCUUAAUGAAGAUUCAAUGAUGAUUUUAUCACAAUCAAUUGAUUCUAUUCAUACAGUUGGUACUAAUAACGGAGAAGGAACAGAGAGUUAUGUUCCCUGGACUUGGCGGUCUAAUCGUUAAACUUUCAUUGCCCUUUCAGACAUCAUCAGUAAAACUUUUGGAUAGAAACAAAUUAUUCUACUUUGUCUACUGGAUCAAUCAACCCGAGCUACAUAUCUUUUUACCUCCAUUCUAGUGUUUACUUAUGAAUAAACUCUUGGGUACUGGUUUAGAAUACAUCAAUAAUCAAACUAUUUAAACAUUUUAUGGAUCAUCAAGUUCGUACAUUAUUCGUUAGUGGUUUACCUUUGGAUGCCAAACCAAGAGAACUAUACUUGUUGUUUCGAAGCUUCAAAGGAUAUUUGUCUUCAACACUUAAACCGGCUGGAAAGAAUGGAAAACUCACAGCACCCGUAGGUUUUGUAACUUUCGAAUCACGAGAACAAGCUGAGGAAGCAAUGGCAAAACUUCAGGGUGUGAAAUUCGAUCCAGAUGGCAAUCAACAUAUGCGUUUAGAGUUUGCCCGUAGUAAUACUAAAGUUACCAAACCUAAGACAACAAUUCCUGUUGGUUUUGGUAAUAUAGGUGUGAAUAAUCCACAUCAGAAUGGAGUAAAUCAACAUAAUUCUUUGUCGAAUCUGGGUACUUGUCCAACAAAUAUGAUUUCAACUGGUAAUAUCAGUGGUAUGGUUGCUAAUUUACAACCAUCAAUAUUUGCUCAAUUGGCAGCUACAGGACCAACUAUUGAGACAUCCAAUGGGAUAUUCGCUACGGCGACAGAUGCUUCUACAGCGAUGGCAGCGGCUGCGGCCGCCGCAGCUGCCGCUCAAUGGGCUACAAUCCCUGGCUUACCGUCACUUGCUUCAGCCUACGAAAAUACAGCUUAUUUGUCUUCAGCAGCUGGUUUAGUUCAAGCAAAUAACUUUCGUACUUUAGUCCCUGGAAGUAUGAACACUGGUACGUACGGUAUGCAAACUGCUAAUCCAUCAUCUAUUCCCAGUCUACAAAUGGUUCAAGCUGCUAUUGCUCAUGCUAACGUAGCUGCAGCUUUAUGUUCUGCAAAUGCAUCUUCUAUCAGUGGUGGUACAGUUUGUUCACCUUCUACACUUGCUAAUUUAUCACAACAAAACAAUACACAAGUAUCAUUUUGUAAUACAGGUACAUCAAAUUCUCCAAGUCCUAAUAGUGGAACAGGAUCAUCUCCAGCUGCUGUUUCUGCAUUGUCUCAUAGUACAAAUUCUCACUUAAGAAAUAAUUAUUUUCCUAGUCAUCAGUCAAAUGCAUCGAAUGUUGCCUCAUUUAUGGCACAAUUACAACAACAACAACAACAAAGUCAGACAUUAGCUACAGUUCAUUUGAAUCAACAUGGAAGUGUCAAUACACCGAAUUCUCCAUUAGGUUUUGCUAAUGUCGUUUCAGCUACAACUGGUCUACCACCUCAAAUGGCUGCUGCUGCGGCUAUUGGUCUAUUAGGUGGUGGAUAUAAUUCAAUUAUAAAAGAGUUAACAGGAAACGAAGGUCAAUUUCAAUCUGGUCUAUCACCAUAUCAACAAAAUGUUAAUUUUUGAAUCAAAUUAAUUAUUUAUUCAAAUUGUGAAUCAGUGCCAGCUGAACUUCUCACUGUCUAUACAACAAAAGAGAUGAAUUUCCUAACUCAUAUUAUUAUUAUUAUUAUUUGUCAAAUGGUAAUGUAUUCUCAUUGUUGGCUGUGCAAAAGUUAACCCUCUCUAUACAUAUCGAAAGAAAUAUCUUUUAUGUUCAAUUUACAGUUCUCAUUUGUAUUUUACUCUUAUCCCCACAAACAUUCUAUUGUAUAGAAUGUUGUAUUUUUAUCUUAAAUACUUUUCAUUAACAUUCCGUUAUUACUAUUAAAGAAUAAUGCAAACUGUGUAAGUAGUAAGUAGUGAACAACAAUUCUUCUAAUAAAUUAGUUCAUUCUAUGUAUAUGUAUUUUGUUAGUAAACUAUAUACACUUUUCUUUAUCAGUGAAUAGGAAGGUAGUAGUAUUAUUGUAUUAUUAAGAAAAAAACAUCUUGAUUCCGUUGAGAUUAAAACCGUAAACAUAUCAGCAUAGAAACAAAAGAAAAAAUCGAUAAUUUAAACUUUUUUUUUGUUGUUUAUUGUUUGUUUUUUUCAUCACUGGGAAGUAAACAGUAAAAAAAAAAUAUUUUUCUGACAUGCUCAUUGAUUCAUUUACAUAAUUUUGUAUUUUCUCUCUGAUAUUGGUUUAUUGGAAUUUUUGUAAGAAAAAUUUUUUAUUUACAACUUCUCAUUAUUGUGUACUUCGUAUCAUUUCCACUUUUUACUUCUUUUUUUUUUGUUUUUGUUUUUUAAACUCUGGUUUGUUUACUCGUUUCAUUCUUUUUUUUCUUCUAUUGCUGUUCUGGUCUAAGGUUUUAUAAUAAAUAAGCAUUUUUCUGAUGAUGAAGAAGAAGAAGAAGAAACAAAAAAAAAAUAUCAUCACUUCACAAUUUAUGUGCUUAUUUCUUUCCCUUUUUUUUGUAGUAGUGUCUUUGUAUUUUUUUGCUUUUUUUUUCCUCGUUUCUAAGGGUGUUUCUUUCUGUUAUUUCUUUCAGUUACUUUCUCUACGGUUUUUUCUCCUAUAUUUCAUGUGAACUAAUUGUUUAGUUAAAUUCUAUCAUUGAUUUCAGCAUUUUUACUUGGAAUAAUAAACUAUAUCUCAUAUGUUAUUUUCAUCAAUUAUAAUUUUUCUAG